AUGUCAUCCAAAGAUUCUGACGCCAACACGCCUGCCGCCGCCGCACCACGGCGCGGCUUCCGCGCAGUCAUCGUCGGCGGCGGGCCCGUCGGCCUCGGGCUGGCGCACAUGCUCGACCGCGCCGGGAUAGACUACGUGCUGCUCGAGCGCCGGCCCACCGUGCUCGAGGAGUCCGGGUUCGGGCUCGCGUUCUACCCGCACGGCGUGCGCCUGCUGGACCAGCUCGGCAUGCUCGACGAGGCGCGGCGGCUGUACCUGCCCAUGCGGGACAAGACGACCUUUGCGCCGGACGGGCGGGAGAGGUGCUACAAUCGGCUGUACGAGUCUAUGGAGGAGUGCCACGGCCACCCCUGGAUGCUCCUCAAGAGACAAGACGUCCUGCGGAUGCUCUACGAGCGCCUGCCGGACCGCAACUCCAAGGUCCUGACCGGCAAAAAGGUCGUAGCCAUCGACUCUCGCGACGACGGCGUCGCCAUCCGGUGCUCCGACGGCUCCGUGAUAGAGGGCAGCUUCAUCGCCGCCUGCGACGGCGUGCACAGCCCCAUACGAGGGAUGAUGGGCGAGCUCGAUGAUCCCAAGGACAACACGACAAAAAGGAAGACGAAGAAGAAGAAGUCCGUCAUGACGGCCUCCUAUCAGCUCCUCGUGGGCCACCUCGACCCCAUCCCGGACAUGCCGCGGAACCACCUGCACGAGGUCCACGGCAAGGCCGGCUUCAGCAUGCAGAUCUUCAUGUUCGACACGGAAGGGUGGUUCCUCGCCUACCGGCGCCUGGACCCGACGCCACCGGCGGACACGUACGUGCGGUACACGGACGCCGACGCCGAGGCCUUCGCGCGGGACAUCAUGGACCGCCCCGUGGGCGAGGGCAGGACGUUCGCGGACCUGUGGAAGGCGCGCCGGUGGGUGCGGCUCGUGGCGACGGAGGAGGGCGCCGUUCGGGGCCCCUGGCACCGCGGCCGGGUCGUGCUGGUCGGGGACUCGGCGUGCAAGAUGACGCCCAACGCGGGGCUGAGCGCGAACCAGGGGUGGCAGGGGGCCGCGGCGCUGACGAACGGGCUGCGGGGCUUACUGCUGAGCAGGAGGUGCAGCAGAGGGAACAAAGAGGAGGAGGGGGGUAGUGGGGAGCCGGACACGGCGGCCCUCGAGGCCGUGUUCCGGGGGUACCGGGCGGCGACGCUGGAUAUGGCGAAGGGCAGCGCGCGGACGUCUGCGCUGUACAUCCGCACCACGAGCUGGCAUAGUCCCCUGUACCGGGUUGUGGACUGGCUCGUGCCCAAGCUGGGCGGGGACGAGAGGUCGUUCAAGAUCUUUACGGCGCCGGUGGUCAGGCAGGGUCUGUUGCUGGACUGGUUGCCCGAGCCUGGGUACAAGGCUGGUACGGUGGAGUGGGUGAACAAGGCCAGGGUGCAGCAGAAGACUGUGGAGGGGCCGAUGGGGGAGGAAGGGGGCGUAAGAUAA